AUGGACUCGGCGACAACCCUGCUGCUUGGAGAUGUGGGCUCCUACAUGGAUGACGGUGAUGCCGAUCUUCAACAGCCCUUGUGGAGCUACAUGUCAUCCAUGCUGUUGACUUCAACGAAGCCUGACCCUGACCUUUUGUCAGGCCUUGCUGCGCGAUGGGUCAGCUACCAUGCCAUGGAUGGGUUUGCAGUUGAGGGCAACGAGGUCAUCCGAGUGAUUGCCAAGGAAGUUCGGGAAAGCAGAGCCAAGGUCUGUGAACUGGACGAAAAGGUGAGGGAGGCCAAAGCAGAAUGCGGUUGCAGAAUGUUGGCCCACCAGAACACGGUGGACAAGAUGUUGCGCAACACCGCCCUGACCGACAACCCGUACAAGUUUCAGGCUCGCAAGCAGGCAGCCGAUCAGUGGAUGAGCCGAAUGGAAAACGCGCUUCGCUCAAGCUCAGUGGCUCCACGUGAAACUGAAUUGGACCAUGCCUCCAACCUCUUCAGGACCCUGCUUGAGAAGCUGGUUACCACAGUGCAGUCUGAGAAUGGCCCCGUCAUGAUGCUCCCUGAUGACUGCAAAGCUUCUGGGGCUGCUACUUGGGGUGAGGAGGAAAAAGAUCUCAUGAAUUUGAUGGAGGAGGCAGCGAAGAACGACCCGCCUCAGCUGAUCCAAGCCAGCCCGCCGCGCGCCGAUGCAAAGCUCGAGGAGCCUGUGGCCAAGGAGGAUGUGAGGGUCAAAGAAGAUGUGGAGAUGGCUUUGGUUGCAACAAAAGCUGCGAAGAUGGUGUUCAUGAGGAAGGACACUUCUCAGUUGGAGGCCUCUUGA